AUGCCCGCUGUCGAAACUACUCCCAUCACGGGAGUCAAUUAUACUCCAGAAGAGGUCAUACAUGCCUACCAGGAGAUCCACGACUUCGUUGAUUGCACGCCGCUUCACAAAGUUGAAUCCAACUCGGCCUUAGCAAAGUUCCUCAACACUCGAGUUAACGAUGCCGCCCCAAACGUUUCGAUUGAGCUAUAUUUCAAGCUUGAGAACCUGCAGCGCACAAACUCUUUCAAGAUCCGUGGUCUCAUGUGCUGCUUAUCGCGCAUGUCUGAUGAGAGGCUUAAAAGGGGAAUUGUGGUGUUCAGUACGGGGAACCAUGCCUUUGCUAGCGGAUAUGCAGCCUCUCUCCUGAGCCGCAUGCGUGGCAUCCAAAUACCAGUGCACGCAUUCAUGCCCCCGACAGCAUCCAAAACCAAAGUCUACCUCGCAGAGUCCCAAGGAGUACAAGUUCAUCUCUCGGGGAAUUCAGUGACAGAGUGCAUGCGCACUGCCGAAGCCUUUGCAGAAUCGCUUGGUACAUCCGUGCUAGCACCAGCCGACGAUUACGAUAUCAUUCGAGGCCAUGGCUCUGUGGGCAUUGAAAUCAUUGACCAAAUGCAGAAGCAUGAGAACUUUGGUGCCACCAAGCCCGAUGCCAUUCUUGUCCCCACAUCAGGUGCCGCGCUGCUUGCAGGAACAGCCGUUUACUGCCAGCCACAUGGCGUUAAUGUGUAUGGUACCGAACCUGCAAAGGGGUCGGCCGAUCUUUUGGCUGGCAGGAAGAGUGGGAAAAGAAGGGAGAUGGUGGACUCGUCAGUCAACACUAUUGCGGAUGGGCUGCGAUCCUGCGUUGCACCCAGAGCUUGGCCCGUCGUCAGCAACAAGACAUAUGUCAGAGAUGUCUUUGGUGUCAACGACGAGCAAAUCCGACAAGCACUAAAGUUUUUCGUUGCUGAGACAAAGACACUCGCCGAGACCUCUGGAGUAGUCCCUCUAGCCGCCUUACUGUUUUCUGAAGAGUGCAAGGAAGAGCUGGGGCGGCUUGCCAAUAAUGCAGAGAAUGGCAAGCUAAGGCUUGUAGUGGUCGUUACAGGAGGCAACGUCUCGCUGGAGGCGAUGGUGGAGGUUCUCAUGCUGGAUCCCAGGAAAAACCAUUACUGA